CAAUGGUCAAUCUCCGCCGGAGACUUGGCUUCUGGCCAAAAAGGGCCUGGCUGAGCAGUGGCCAAAGUUGGCUGUGCCUUCCGGGUGCGAGGAUAAGCUAACUGGGCAAAGCCGCGGCCGCAGAGCCCGGGCGCAGUCGGAGCGGACAGGUUCCGAUGCCAGCGCGAUGUGGCUGUUGCUGCUGCCGCUGGCUGCGCUGCUGCUGGCCGUCCUCGGCAAAGUUUGCAAGGGGUUGUUCUCCAGCAGCUCCCCGAACCCCUUCUCCGAGGAUGUCAAGCGGCCACCCGCGCCCCUGGUGACCGACAAGGAGGCCAGGAAGAAGGUUCUCAAGCAAGCUUUCUCAGCCAGCCGAGUGCCAGAGAAGCUGGAUGUGGUGGUCAUAGGCAGUGGCUUUGGGGGCCUGGCGGCAGCGGCGAUCCUGACCAAAGCUGGCAAGCGAGUUCUGGUGCUGGAACAACAUACCAAGGCGGGAGGCUGUUGUCAUACGUUUGGACAGAAUGGCCUUGAAUUUGACACGGGAAUCCAUUAUAUCGGGCGCAUGCAGGAGGGCAGCUUUGGCCGUUUUAUCUUGGACCAGAUCACUGAGGGGCAGUUGGACUGGGCUCCCACGGCCUCUCCCUUUGACAUCAUGGUACUAGAAGGGCCCAAUGGCCGAAAGGAGUUUCCCAUGUACAGUGGGGAGAAAGCCUACAUACAGGGCCUCAAGGAGAAGUUUCCCCAGGAGGAAGCUGCCAUCGACAAGUAUAUAAGGCUGGUUAAGGUGGUAUCCAGAGGAGUCAGUCAUGCCAUCUUGUUGAAGAUCCUCCCGCUGCUCAUGGUUCAGGUCCUCAACAAGUAUGGGCUGCUCACCCAUUUCUCUUCGUUCCUCCAUGCAUCCACCCAGAGCCUGGCCGAGGUCCUGCGGGAGCUGCCAGCCUCCCCGGAGCUCCAGGCCGUGCUCAGCUACAUCUUUCCCACUUAUGGCGUGACCGCCAGCCACACCACCUUUGCCAUGCAUGCUCUGCUGGUUGACCACUACAUAAAAGGGGCCUUUUAUCCCCGAGGGGGUUCCAGUGAAAUCGCUUUCCACACCAUCCCUGUGAUUCAGCGGGCCGGGGGUGCUGUCUUGACGAGGGCCCCUGUGCAGAGCAUCUUGCUGGACUCAGCUGGGAAAGCCUGCGGUGUCACUGUGAAGAAUGGUCAGGAGCUGGUGAGCAUCUAUUGCCCCGUCGUGAUCUCCAACGCAGGAUUAUUCAACACCUAUGAGUACCUGUUGCCAGAGAAGGCCCGCUGUCUGCCAGGUGUGAAGCGGCAGCUGGGGAUGGUGCGGCCCGGCUUGAGCAUGUUCUCUGUCUUCAUCUGCCUCCGAGGCACCAAGAAGGACCUGGGGCUGCCGUCUACCAACUACUACGUUUAUUUUGACACAGACAUGGACACGGCGAUGGAGCACUACCUCUCUCUGCCUGCGGACAAGGCUGUAGAGCACAUGCCCGUUCUCUUCGUUGCUUUCCCGUCGGCCAAGGACCCGUCGUGGGAGGACCGGUUUUCAGGCCGCUCCACAGGGGUCGUGCUGGUGCCCACCUCCUAUGAGUGGUUCGAGGAGUGGCGGGACGAGCCCCAGGGAAAGCGGAGCAGUGGCUACGAGACCCUCAAGAGCUCCUUUGUUGAAGCCGCUCUGUCGGUCGUCCUGAAGCUCUUCCCACAGCUGGAGGGGAAGGUGGACAGUGUGACUGGAGGGUCCCCGUUGACCAAUCAGUUCUACCUGGCAGCUCCCCGGGGGGCCUGCUACGGGGCUGACCACGACCUGGGCCGCCUGCAUCCUGGUGCGAUGGCCUCCAUGAGGGCCCAGAGCCCCAUCCCCAACCUCUACCUGACAGGCCAGGAUGUCUUCACCUGUGGGUUGAUGGGAGCCCUGCAAGGGGCCCUGCUGUGCAGCAGUGCCAUCCUGAAGCGGAACCUGUACUCAGAUCUUCAGAACCUUGGCUCAAGGGUCCAGGCACAGAAGAAGAAGAAUUAGUUUGGUCAGGGAUGAGUCAGAGGAAAUUUGGCCAGUGCUCCGGCACAGCCCCUGACUUACCCAUGUCUUUCUGCAUUAGCUCCUCGAUCAUGUAAAGUACUCUUGUUUUUAAUUUCUGAAUAAGAGGUCCGACGCAUAAGUGUAGCAUAGAUGGCGCUUUUUUUUUUUUUUUUUUUGGCUGUGCUGCACGGCAUGUGGGAUCUUACCCCGGCCAGGGAUUGAAGUCCGUGCCCUCUGCAGUGGGAGUGCAGAGUCUUAACCACUGGACUGUCAGGGAAGUCCCUAGAUGGUGGUUCUUAAACUGAAGCUCUUCCAGCCAGGCAGGUGGUGAUCCUUCAUACCUUUUUUUUUUUUUUUUGCGGUACGCAGGCCUCUCACUGUUGUGGCCUCUCCCGUUGCGGAGCACAGGCUCCGGAUGCGCAGGCUCA